AUGCAUCUCAUGAUCAACCUCGACGAGUCCGGGAAGCGGACCUACACCCUCAAGAAGACGCUCGAGGGCAAGGUGACCAAGUCUGCGCAUCCUGCCCGGUUCUCGCCCGACGACAAGUGGUCUCGGCACAGGGUCACGCUGAAGAAGAGAUUCGGUCUCCUUCUGACCGAGAAGAGUUGGUGGACCUUCCCUACACUGAAGACAGUAGCAAGAGCUGACAUUUGCGGCGCAGAGGACCUCAAGGCCCUGGGCACCUAA